UUGUCAGUUUGACUAUAUAAUGGUGACAAAACAGCCGCAAAUUUAACAUAUUGCGUUAUGGAUACUUCGUUGUAUCCAAUAGUUAUUGCUGUCGUUGUGUGUUUUGUAACUGUUAUACUAUAUUGGUUAUCAGUCAGAAAGAGACUUAAAAACGUGUUGUUUAUUGGUGCUUGUGAUUCAGGGAAAACAACUCUUUUUUCAUCUAUUGUAUAUGGAAAUCCAUCUUCCACUUUUACAUCUCUCAAUGAGAAUGUUGGAAAUCUAAAAACAGAUAAAAAAGCUCUUGUUCUUGUAGAUGUUCCUGGCCAUGAUAAAGUUCGAAACGAGAUAAUUCACAAAUAUAAGUCGGACACUUUGGCAUUGGUAUUUGUCAUAGAUUCAAAGUCUAUUCAGAGUGACGUAAAAGAUGUUGCUGAGUUUUUGUACAAUAUACUUGUGGAUAAGGUCUUUAUAAAGAAUCGCGUAAAAUUACUAGUAGCUUGCAAUAAACAAGAUGCUACCACGGCAAAAGGUGUCAGUGUAGUGACUCAUUUGCUUGAAAAAGAAUUCGUUUGAAGGCUUUUUUGAUUGUAUUAUAUCAUGCUGUAAGCAAAGGGGUUCUGGAAAAGAUCGACACAAUCGAAUAAGUAGAUCAGAAUCUUUGAAAUUACAGGUCACCUUUAUUCAGAUAUUUGGGACAUAGGUUCUAUACAUCCCUCUAAAUUUGUACUGUAAAGAUUCAGCUAGACAUAUCACAACAGUACGAAGCUCUUCAUAGGCUAUUAUGUACGAAUGCGAUUCGCCAUCGUGAAUAAAAUGUGACUAAUAAAGUGGCUUUUUUCAUUGUAUUAUUUGCUAGAGAUAUUGAUUAAAGCUCUUUUCUAAAUCAUGCUUAACAUCAUAAGUGCCGAUAUACCCAUCAUUUUUUGUCCUCAGAUAUCCACUUUCGUUUUCACUGUGAUUGUGGUACAAUAUCAUACUUUAAAUCAUUGGUUUCGGUGUAGAAGACGGAGGUAGAAUGAUGUCAGGUAGUUAUUGAAGUCCUAAAUAUCCACCGCGUAAUAAUUCACAUUUAUCUUCAAAAGUCGUCGAAUAGUAAUGCACUAACGCUCACCAGAUUACGGUUGGCCAAUAUGACACUUAGAAUUACAUCAUUGGAAAGUUUUCAUGUGACUUGAUCAUUUUCGUAAUCUUUGAUGCACCAUUACACUUGUUGGGACCACCCGUCCAUCCAUACCACCAAUGAGUUGAGAUCAUCCUGUAAUACUAUUCUGUCUGACAUACUGUGUGUGGAUCUCCAAAUCAUUAUGUCAUCGGCGAAGAGUAGGACAGAUGACUUUGCUACAGUUGGUAAUGCAUUUACAUAAAGUAAAAAAUGAGGAUCGAGGAUUGUGCUUUGGAGAAUCCCACCUUUUACACGCUAAGAGAGCUCCACUUACCCUAACGCUUUAUCUCCCGUCAUAGAAAAAGUCGCUUAUCGAGUCUAUGACCUUAUAAUGGAUUCCAAAACUU